AUGGGUCAACAGCAGUCUAACCUGGGCGGCGGCCCUGGAGGCGAUGGACGCGAUGACAAGGAUAAGAAGAAGGACAAGCCCAAAUACGAACCUCCCCCACCACCUACCACUCGUCUUGGAAAGAAGAAGCGCAAGGCUGCCGGCCCAAGCACUGCCUCCAAGCUCCCCGAUAUCUACCCUACAUCGCGCUGCAAGCUCCGAUAUCUUCGCAUGCAGCGUGUUCACGACCACCUGCUGUUAGAAGAAGAGUACGUUGAGAACAUGGAACGAAUGCGCAAGGCCAAGGCCCAGGCCACCCAGGAUCCCGCCAGGGGAGGUGGUGACUUGGAUGUGAUGGAUCGGAACGCCGAUGAGCGGAGUCGAGUCGAUGACAUGCGAGGCAGCCCGAUGGGUGUCGGCAACUUAGAAGAGUUGAUUGAUGAUGACCAUGCUAUUGUCUCAAGCGCCACAGGCCCUGAGUACUACGUUUCCAUCAUGUCUUUCGUCGAUAAAGAUCUCCUCGAGCCGGGUGCCAGUAUUCUUCUACACCACAAGUCAGUGUCCGUCGUCGGUGUACUGACAGAGGAGUCUGACCCGCUUGUAUCGGUGAUGAAGUUGGACAAGGCGCCCACGGAAUCAUACGCUGAUAUCGGUGGCCUGGAGCAACAAAUUCAGGAAGUUCGAGAAUCCGUGGAGCUGCCCUUGCUACACCCUGAGCUGUAUGAAGAGAUGGGUAUCAAGCCUCCCAAGGGAGUUAUUCUUUACGGUGCCCCAGGUACCGGAAAGACGCUACUUGCUAAGGCUGUUGCCAACCAGACCAGCGCAACCUUCCUCCGCAUUGUUGGCAGUGAGCUGAUUCAGAAGUACCUGGGUGAUGGCCCCCGCUUGGUUCGCCAGAUCUUCUCAGUUGCUGCUGAUCAUGCCCCAUCAAUUGUGUUCAUCGACGAGAUUGAUGCUAUCGGUACGAAGCGAUACGAAUCACAAUCUGGCGGCGAGAGAGAAAUUCAGCGAACCAUGCUGGAGCUUCUGAACCAGCUGGAUGGAUUCGAUGAUCGUGGUGACGUGAAGGUCAUUAUGGCCACUAACAAGAUCGAAACACUGGACCCAGCUUUGAUCCGACCUGGUCGUAUUGACCGUAAGAUUCUCUUCGAGAAUCCAGACCAAAACACCAAGAAGAAGAUUUUCACUUUGCACACAUCGAAGAUGUCUCUCGGUGAUGACGUUGAUCUCGAGGAGUUCAUCAACCAGAAGGAUGAUCUCUCUGGUGCCGACAUCCGCGCCAUCUGUACCGAAGCUGGUUUGAUGGCCCUGAGAGAGCGCCGGAUGAGGGUGCAGAUGGACGAUUUCCGGGCUGCUCGUGAGCGUAUCAUGAAGACCAAGCAAGACGGUGGUCCUGUGGAGGGUCUGUACUUGCGCUGCGCGAGCAUUGCCUGCGCCAAGCACUUCGGCUUAUCGGCCAAAGGUUGCAAACAGUGCAAACAAGCUCACUAUCAGGUCGAACCGUCGAACCCUCUCUCUCCAUCUGUCGCAAAGUUUCGCACACACUCAAUCAUGGAUGAAUUCGACGAGGAGGCAUUCAACAGGUUCUUUCCCUCCAGCUUUGGGAAGCAGGCGAAAUCGGUUGAUGUUGAGUCCCAGAUCGACCGAUCCAAGCGUGUCGAUGUUUCGGCUCCGAAACUCGAAGGCAAUGAACUGGGCCCUGGCGUAACAGUCCCUAGCGCACAAGCAAGAGGGAGCGGUGAUGAGCAAAAAGACAGUGAUGAUAAUAGCGACGAAGACUCUGACGAUUCAGAUGAUGACGAGGAUGAAUUUCCCGUAUCACACGAGCUCGUUCUCAAGACUCAUGAGCGUGCCGUGACAACCAUGACCGUGGACCCCUCGGGGGCCCGACUAAUCACAGGUUCUACCGAUUGCACACUGAAACUAUAUGACUUUGCCUCGAUGACUCCAUCCACACUCCGCGCUUUCAAGUCCGUCGAUCCUUCAGCCAAGAAAGCGACGGCGGCCCAGGACACCCACGCCUUGCACUACGCCGCGUUCAACCCGCUCUCCCCGAGUUAUGUUCUAGCCGUAACUGCCACCCCGCAGCCACGGAUUCUCAGCCGUGAUGGUGAGAUACUCACAGAAUUUGUGAAGGGAGAUAUGUAUCUACGAGAUUUGCACCAUACUAAAGGACAUGUGUCUGAGGUUACUUGCGGUACAUGGAACCCGUCUGAUCCUAACCUAUGUGCCACUGCUGGAACCGACAGCACAAUUCGCAUUUGGGAUGCCAAUGUCGGCCGCUCGCAGAGGGAGGUGAUCGUGCACAAGUCACGGGCGGCUGGCUCUGCUGGCCGGACUAAGAUGACUGCCAUCGCAUGGGGCUCCCCGAAACAAGGAGGCGCCGAUGUUCUAGUAGGUGCGGGUCUCGAUGGGAGCCUAGUUAUGUGGAGUGGAAACGGUCCAUACACAAGACCCAGCGCAGAAAUCCGGGAUGCUCAUGUCAAAGAUACAUGGACAAGCGGUAUUGAUAUCAGUUCCGACGGAAGACUUGUCAUCACCAGAGGUGGUGAUGAUACGAUCAAGCUUUGGGAUACCAGAAAGUUCAAGUCUCCGGUCACAACCGUCACACAUACCUCGACAUCUUCCCGUUACCCGACAUCAAACAUUCAGUUCUCUCCUUCGUCUGCCAAUAUCAUCACAGGCUCACAAACCGGCCAUUUGCAUAUCCUCAACCCGGCUACUCUCAAGCCAGAGCUUGUCACUCCUGUGACGCCGGGGUCCCCCUUGAUUACUGUUCUAUGGCACGAAAAGCUCAACCAGAUUAUCACGGGCUCCGCCAAUGCCGAAACCCACGUCCUCUAUAACCCAACUAUGUCCACGAAGGGCGCAGCGACGGUCAUGUCCAAGGCACCAAAACUCCGCCAUGUCGAUGAAAUUGCCGUUACCGCAGACUUGAACCAGGCAUUGGCAGGUGAUUCGGUCGUCGUCGGUUCCAACGGAGUUCCGCAUUACAGCUCGGCGACCAGGUCUGCUCGUCAUCCUACAGUUGGCUUUACAGCGUCUGGUCGCUCCCGCGAUCCUCGCCGACCGCAUUUGCCAGCGCAGACGCCGUUCGCCAAAAAUACCCCAGAUGAGAAACAUAUCCUCGAGCAUAUUCCACUCAGUUCCAUGCGAGACGAGGAUCCGCGUGAAGCACUUUUGAAAUAUGCUGAUCGGGCGGAGAAGGAACCUAUAUUCACCAAGGCAUACAAGGAAACACAACCAAAGGCCAUCUACGCGGAACUGAGUGAUGGUGAAGAGCAAGGACCGGAAAAGAAGAAAGCAAAGCGAUGA